CAUGUGUUUUCUUCACCAUCUCCAAACCAAUACCUACACUCUUCUCAAUAUUUCUCACAUGCAAAAAUAUAUAUAAAUUAUCAUAUGCCAUGAUGUCACUCACGUUCUUUGCAUGGCCUAAAUUCUACCUUUUUUCUCAGAUCAAGUGAAUACCAUGUUUUGUAUAAUAGCUAUUUCUUGCUGUGCAAUCUUCUAGUGUGUACUUGUUUGAAGAAAUUAUUAUUAUUAUUUUUUGUGAAAUUGGAGUAUUAUGUAAUGGAACAAAAAUGGCACCAGGGAAUUAUUGCAGCUCUCAGUUAGUAGCUAUAUUAAAAGGUGGUGAGUGUUCCAUGGAGGAUCAAAAUGAUGAUACUUUGGGGAAUUUGAAUCAGAAUAUUGUUGGCAAACCUCCAAGGGAUCAUUCUGUUAGUAUGCGUCAUUGCACCAGCUCUUCAUGGUUGGCUGAUUCGGAAUCAAAUAUUAAUAGUGUUAGCAUUAAACCAAACACAGAAGAUAAAUCAGAGUUUCCUCUUAUAUUAAGAUCUGGAAGUUGUUCUGAGAAAGGACCAAAGCAAUACAUGGAGGAUGAAUUUGUAUGUGUUGAUAUUCUUCUUGAAUUUAAAUGUGUUGCUCAACAACUAGAUCUUCCAUCUCCAUCAGCAUUUUAUGGGGUAUUUGAUGGACAUGGUGGUAUUGAUGCAGCAUCAUUUAUCAAAAAGAACAUGUUUAACUUUAUAAUUGAAGAUUCUCAAUUCCAAUCUAGCACUAAGAAAGCUGUUAAGAAUGCAUUUGUGAAAGCUGAUCAUGCAUUUAGAGAUGCCAGUACACUUGAUAGUUCUUCAGGAACCACAGCUCUAAUAGCUCUUGUCUUGGGAAGGGUCGUGCUGAUUGGGAAUGCAGGAGAUUCACGCGCGGUGUUAGGGAAACGCGGCCGAGCGGUUGAACUUUCAAAAGACCAUAAACCAAAUUGCACAUCUGAAAGAUUAAGAAUUGAAAAACUAGGUGGUGUUAUCUAUGAUGGAUACCUAAAUGGACAACUAUCAGUGGCACGUGCACUAGGAGAUUGGCAUAUAAAAGGUUCAAAAGGUUCAAAAAGUCCAUUAAGCUGUGAGCCAGAGUUAGAGGAAAUAGUCCUAACAGAAGAAGAUGAGUUUUUGAUAUUAGGGUGUGAUGGAUUAUGGGAUGUUAUGAGUAGUCAAUGUGCUGUUACAAUGGUUAGGAAGGAACUUGUGCAACAUAAUGAUCCUGACAUAUGUGCUAAGGUACUUGUUACUGAGGCACUUCAAAGAAAUAGUUGUGAUAAUCUAACGGUUGUUGUGGUUUGUUUCUCAGAGGAUCCACCUUCUAAAAUUGAAAUUCCUAGAUCACAUAGGAGAAGGAGUAUUUCUGCUGAAGGUCUUGAUCUUCUCAAAGGUGUUUUGAAUGGUAGAUGAAUGGAUAAGAUUUUAAUUAUUAGAGAUUUGUACAGAUUGAGUUGUUGAGUGCUCAUACUAGAGAUAUAUGGAUCAUCAAUAAGUCUCUUUUAGCCAAGUGAUGAAUUGAACAAUAGAUGACAUAAUUUGAUUGUUGAUUCAUUCAAUUUUGGGUUAGGAGAAUUAAGAAGUAAAUUAGUUAAUUUUUUUUUUUUUUAAUGUUUUUCACUUCUU